UGAUGGAUUCUGACCACGCAUGCGCUCUUCCUCGCUGACAAGGUGGAAAGGUCCUGCUCUCUCUCUCCUUGGUCACUACUCCCCUAAGACACCUCAGCCAUGGUUAAGGUCGGAAUCAACGGGUUUGGCCGUAUCGGCCGCCUGGUGCUGCGCUCCGCCCUGGAGAAGGGCCAGGAGGUGGUCGCCAUUAACGACCCUUUCAUCCAGCUGGACUACAUGGUGUACAUGUUCAAGUACGACUCCACCCAUGGCAGGUUCAAGGGCGAGCUGGCUGCCGAUGCUGAUUCCUCCUCUCUGGUCGUCAACGGGAAGAAAAUCAAGGUCUUCAAUGAGAUGAACCCAGCUAACAUCCCCUGGAAGGAUGCAGGUGCUGAGUACAUCGUUGAGUCCACUGGCGUCUUUACCACCAUCGCCAAGGCCAAGGCUCACCUCGAUGCCGGAGCCAGGAAGGUGAUCAUCUCGGCUCCGUCUGCCGAUGCUCCCAUGUUCGUCAUGGGUGUGAACGAGGAGAAGUAUGAGAAGAGCAUGGACAUUGUCAGCAAUGCUUCCUGCACCACCAACUGCCUGGCCCCGCUUGCCAAGGUCAUCAACGACAACUUUGGCAUCGAGGAGGGCCUGAUGACCACGGUACACGCCUUCACCGCCACGCAGAAGACCGUGGAUGGCCCGAGCGCGAAGGCCUGGCGUGACGGGCGCGGCGCCGGCCAGAACAUCAUCCCAGCAAGCACUGGGGCAGCCAAGGCUGUGGGCAAGGUCAUCCCAGAGCUGAACGGUAAGCUGACAGGAAUGGCGUUCCGUGUGCCAGUCCCUGAUGUGUCCGUGGUCGAUCUGACCUGCCGACUGAAGAAGGGAGCUUCCUAUGAUGAGAUCAAGAGUGUGGUGAAGGCUGCAUCUGACGGCCCACUGAAGGGAUAUCUGGGAUACACUGAUGAGGAUAUUGUGUCAGCUGACUUCAUCGGGGAUCCCUGCUCCAGUAUCUUUGAUGCCAGGGCUGGCAUUGCUCUGAAUAAUAAUUUUGUCAAGCUGAUCACAUGGUACGACAAUGAAUUCGGCUACAGCUGCCGUGUCGUGGACCUGAUCCAGUACAUGACCACCAAGGAAUAGGUCACUAACCGUCACCAGGCAGCACAAGGAGAACAGCCAGCUAAUCAAAUUACAGGAUUGUGUAACUAGUGACGUUAAUUUCAUCCAAUGAACACAUUGCUUUGAAAAUAAUUAGACCCAUAUAGAUAUACGUAAAGCGAAUUAAGAGAAUGCAAAGUUAUCAUCUGUUCCUGUAGAGUGGUGUGACUUGUAUAGCUAAAAGCAACGGAAUAUCUGAGUAUGAGAGAUCUUAAAAGAAGGAAUCGCUAUGUACGUUCAGUCUGAGACUGUCUAGGGGAAGGGUUUGGUGAAGUUUGCAGUGCUGCAAUGACAUUUCUGUGGCUGUUUCAUAAAAAGUACAACUUGGUA